AUGCCGAUCGACUCAUCAACAUGGAAGGGUUAUAGCAAGAUGGACGCCGAAUUGGAAGCUAGUAAGCUGCUACCAAAUCUACCACCGAGCAAGUCUUUCGAAGACUACUCAUCGGCUGUCGAAUUGCGUCAGUCUUUCAAUGAGCAAAUCGCUCAACUGAUCGCAGCUGGUAUUGUGACUUUCCCAGACUGGACCGGGUACCACAAAUCCGAAAUUCAGAUCCCCACGCGCGAUGGCGCAUCGAUGCGUUCGCUGGUGUACCAUCCAGAGGGCCAAGAGGCAGGGCCAUUGUAUGUGUACUUCCACGGCGGAGGAUGGAGUUUUGGGAUGCCGGAGUAUGGCGAGGGCAUGGCGGAAGUUUUGGUAAAAGAGUUGGGCUUUACGGUCGUAAGCAUUGGGUAUAGGUAUGGGCCUGAACACGUCUUUCCUACUGCCGCGCAUGAUGCUAUCGAUGCGGUCAAAUGGUGUGCCGAAAACGCAGCUUCGUUGGGCGCCGACCUAUCCAAAGGCUUCAUCGUGGGAGGAACAUCAGCUGGAGGUAAUCUGGCAGCUGUCGCAGCUCAUCAAGUUGUUGACGACAACUUGUCUCCGAAGGUGACUGGCGUCGUCCUCCUAUCUGCCCCGUUGUGUCAUCGCGAAGCCAUGCCAGAAGAGUACAAGCCACACAUAUCCAGCUGGGAGGACCACAAAGACGGCUUGGUACUGAGCCGACAAGCCAUCGAAUGGUUCUAUGGCAACUACAAACCAGACCCUAUGUCACCGUUGAUGAGUCCGUUGAUCUGGAAGACCCAUAAAGGCCAACCCGCUACGUAUCUGCAGGUUAUGGGGACUGAUCCACUUCGUGAUGAAGCGCUCGUGUACGAAAGUCUCCUCCAAGACGCCGGCACACCGACCAAGAUGGAGGUUUACACUGGGUUGCCACAUGGCGCACCCGACUUCUUUCCCAUGCACAGCGCCUCGAAGAAGGCAUUGGUGGAUCUGAAGGAAGGUGCAGAGAGCGCCAAGAUGUCGAACCAUCCGCGGUCAAGCCCCGCCGCCGCGAGGCCUGGCACUCCACGCGGGGCGCGACAAACAAACGGCGACGCGAACCUCCUUUCACACCCGCUCAAACGCCUGUCCCUGCACUCAGCCUCCAACACCCCGCUACCGCAGUCUCCCGCCUUAAACUCGCCCAGAAGUUCCGCUGACCUGCGCCGGACGCCCUCGACGCCCAACUUCAAAGCCAAUGCCAUCCAGCGCAGUCCCAGUGUAGCCAGUUUCCGCUCCUCUACGCCCACCCUGGGCAGGAAGACCUCGACCUCUUCCCUCCGCGGCGACCCUCCCCGACCGGGCACUCCCCGAAGUUCCGCUUCCCGCCGGUCGUCGUUCAAUCCGAAUAUGCAGGCACCCAUGCCCAAGAGCCCGCUGGGCCCCACACAUGUAGAAGAGAAGCCACCUCUGCGCGCAUGUGAUGUCGCCGAGGAGUACUUCAAGAAGGAGCUGGCCCGACAUGAGGGCAUGGCAGGCGCAGUCAACGCAGGAACUGUCGUCAUCGUGCACGACCAAUGCUACGGCCAUCGCUUCUCACGUCCCAAGACAUCCAAGAGCCACCUCAGCUUGAUCAUGGAGCGACCCGAGAGAAUACUGGCGAGUGUCUUGGGCAUAUCGGCGGCUUACGUACGGCUCGGCGAACGCCAUGCUGAGGGAGACAACCCGCCACAUCCACACCACAACCCACCCGAACGCGUCCCUUUCAAGAUUCGCAAGACUUCGCGCGCCGUCGAUAUCACUUCGCAGGUCGUCACAAACGUACACGGAACAAAGUGGAUGGGCGAACUCAAGACACUCUGCGACAAUGCGGAGCGGAAGCUCGCAUCAACUGGGAAGGAGCUGGCCAGGGACACUCCUGCAGUCCAAGGACAAGCGCCCAAGCAACAACUCCACGCCGGUGACCUUUACCUCUGUCCCGAAUCGCUCAACGCUUUUCAGGGUGCUCUGGGAGGUGUCUUGGACGCUGUGGACGCUGUCUUCCAGGGAACAAGUUUAGGCGGCGGUCCUUCUAGAGCUUUUGUCUGCAUCCGUCCGCCUGGCCACCACUGUUCUGACGACUUUCCCUCGGGUUUUUGCUGGCUGAAUAAUGUUCACGUUGGCAUUGAACACGCUAUGAUGACAUACGGACUCACUCACGCGGCCAUCAUUGACUUUGAUCUGCACCACGGAGACGGCUCGCAGGCUAUAACAUGGGCGCGUAACAAGAAGGUCCAGAACAUGCCCAAAAACACCCCCAACUGGAAGAAGACUUCGAUCGGCUACUUCAGCUUACACGACAUCAACUCGUACCCAUGUGAGGAUGGCGACGAUGACAAAGUCCAGGCGGCUAGUCUCUGUAUCGACAACGCCCAUGGUCAGUCCAUCUGGAACGUCCAUCUACAAUCAUGGAAGACACCCGAGCAGUUCUGGGAAAUCUAUGAGGAGAAGUACUUAGUACUACUUGAGAAGACGCGUCAAUAUCUCAAACACCACACCAACCGCCUACGGUCCACGCCAAACCAGCCCGCCCCAAAGGCAGCCAUCUUCCUAUCUGCUGGUUUCGAUGCGAGUGAGUGGGAGACUGCCGGAAUGCAACGCCAUAGCGUCAACGUGCCUACUGAAUUCUACGCUCGUUUCACUCGGGACGUAGUCCGGUUGGCUGAAGAAGAGGGCACAUCAGUGGAAGGGCGUGUCAUCUCAGUCUUGGAGGGCGGGUACAGCGAUCGAGCGCUCACUAGUGGUGUCUUCAGUCAUUUGAGUGGUCUUGUGGAUGGCCAAGUCUUGAAGGCCUCAGAACCAUCCACCGGCCUCUCCCACUCCAUGCGCAACAGACUUAGUGGAAUCAGCAUACAGGACGAAGACGUUCCCAUGCAGUCUGUCGAAGCAGAGCUCACGUCCGUCAGCUACGAUCCUCAAUGGUGGCAUACAGAUCGUUUGUCCGAAUUGGAUGGCCUCGUUCCGCCUCCGCCCGUACAUGUCUCGAAGACGACACGCACUGACCGUCUCGCCCAUUUUUCUUCGCCCACCCAGUCCUACGUAGCCAAAGUCGUGGAUCCAACCAAGAUUAAUCGUAGCCUUUCCGCCAAGUACGCCUCAAAUCCAUUGAGAGCGCCCACCCCACCACCACCGGAGGUUGACUGGGCUACUGCCGCCCAUGCUCUGCGUACUUUGCUGGUACCAUCGGAUCGCCAAACUCGUAGCCACCGACCAGAGGAUUUAGCCGAGGUCAAAGCCAAAAAGGAGAAGCCUGCUGCGUCUGCUGCGGCCCCAGCCCGCACAGAUACAUCAGGGCGACAACUGCGUGGUCGCAAAGCCGCUCCCUCCUACGCUGAGCCUGGUUCGGACGACGAAAAGACAUCUCGUGUAGAAUCACGGGCGAGUAGGCGGCAGACCAUAGCCGACUUUGCACCAGCCAGCUCAGAAGCUCCAGCUCCAGCAAGCUCUGCUUCUCGUCGUAUGAGUAUUGCUUCGAGCGUCUCUUCAAUCGGCGACAACAGGGGUGUUAGUCGUGCGCCAAGUGUAGCAGCAAGCCGGAGAAGUGUUGCGCCUUCUGCAGCUCCAGCCAACGGAGUUGCGAUAAAGAAGGCACGGGGCUCAACAACGACGGCAGCUGCAGCAGCUCGUGCGCCUCCACGUCCAGCCGUUACGAGAAUGCCUUCGACCCAAUCAGUCAAGCCCAGUGCCCCUAAAGACAAAGAGAAUGAUGGCAUGGACGCACUUACUUCAGGCUUAAAGCGGGUUACGUUGAAGAUGCCCUCAAAAGAGGAAUAUGAUGCACGGGAGAGGGAGAAGGCUAAGAAGUUGAAGGCUGCCGAAGCACCGAAAAGAACAACUACCCGAAAGCCACCGGCUGCUCGCGCUCCUCCAACAAAGCCUGCGACCAAACCCGCGACGACCGCAAAAAGGGGUCCAGGUCGUCCAGCAAAGACUUCCAAACCUGCAUCCCCAGUUCCCGAAGCCCCGCAGAUGCAGGUAGCUGCUUCUGCGCCGCUCGAACAGCCUCAGCCAGUACAGAUGGACUCGUCUACUGUCUUGCCACAGCAGGAGAUGCAAGCUUCCAUGGAACAACCUCCAAUCGAUCGUCGAAUCUCUGGCGGAAUCGUGCAACCACCCACUGAGUUGCAUGAUAUGGCUAUAACACCCGAGCAAAUCCGGGAACAGCUACCUAUGCCAUCUUUCGUCACUGUAACAGAGCCACUCAAGGAUGUUUCACCACCUUCCCGCGCCGAUACGCCUCCGCCUCCACCCCCAUCGAAUCUUUCCGAGUUUGUCAACUACACUGCGCAGAACUUUGGCGGAAAUUCAGAGUUUGUAACUCCGCACGACGCAUCAGAUCCUCAGGCCUCGGCAACUUUACAGUGGGUUGCCAAUACACAUGCUGAGGAUACAAGCAUGCCUGGAGUUCCACUCAUGUCACCGCCAAGCAAGAGGGCUGAUCUGCCUAUCUUCACAUCAAACGGCGCGAUACCAUUCGCAUCAAACUCGAACGGAGCCAUGAACUCACACACUAGACCGGAGGAUGCCGGUGCCGAAUUGAAGAAAGAGGAGAAUGGAAGGGAUAUCUGGGACAUACCCGACACGCCAGCUCGUUAG